GUUUAUAAGGUGGAGAGUUUUUUAGCCAACAAACAAACUUUCAAAAUGUCGGAAAAGGGUAGUUCUGAAGUCGACACGUCACAUUCAAAUAACCCUCUUUCUCGGAAGCUAAAUAAAAUUUUAGAGACAAGAUUAGACAAUGAUAAGGAUGUACUGGAAGCACUCAAGGCUAUGUCAAGUUUCUUCAGUGAAAAUAACCUGCGAACUCGACGCAACCUGAGAGGAGACAUUGAGCGCAGAAGUCUGACAAUCAAUGAAGAAUUUUCUGAAGCAUUUAGAGCUGUGAAAGUGCAACUUGAUUCAAUCGAUGAAGAUGUAUCAGCUAUGAGUACAUGUUGUAAUGACAUGACCCAGAGGUUAAAGGCUGCUAGGGACCAGACCUCAGAUCUCAUUAGUAAAACAACUGAAUUACAGAAAGAAAGUCAGAGGUUAGAAAUGAGAGCAAAGGUGGCCGAUGCCUUCCUUGGGAAGUACCAAUUGAAACCAGAGGAACUAAAAGUCUUGCGAGGAACAAGAGAUGGCAGAUUGCACGAGGAUUUCUUUAAAGCACUUGCAAGAGUUAAACAGAUUCACCAGGAUUGCAAGAUUCUGCUAAGAACAAAUCAACAAACAGCAGGGUUAGAAAUUAUGGAAUCAAUGGCGCUUCACAUGGAAACAACAUAUGAACGUCUGUACAGGUGGACUCAAGGUGAGAGUCGGUCAAUGACAACUGAUUCUGUUGAAGUGACUUCAUUUCUUGCCAAAGCAAUGGAAGCUCUCCAAGAUCGGCCUGUUUUGUUUCAAUAUUCUUUAGAUGAAUAUGGAACAGCAAGGAGAACUGCUGUAGUACGUGGAUUUAUUGAUGCAUUGACGAGAGGAGGCCCAGGUGGCACACCACGACCUAUUGAACUCCAUUCCCAUGAUCCUUUGCGCUACACUGGUGACAUGUUGGCAUGGUUGCACCAAACAACUGCCUCAGAGAAGGAAUUGUUACAGAGUUUGUUGAAGCUUGCAACCCAGAAAGACCGUGAGGAAGAAAUUCAAAGCAUAUUAGGACAUAUCACAGAAGGGGUCUGUAGACCAUUCAAGGUUCGAGUAGAACAAGUUAUUGUUGCAGAGCCUGGACCUGUUGUACUGUAUAAGCUGAAUAAUCUAAUAAAAUUCUACCACUACACAAUAGCACUUUUGCUAGACAGCGAAAGCAGCCUUUUGUUGACACUAGAAGAGAUGCAGGAAUUCUCACAGAAGGUCUUCUUCAACGCCCUCAACGUGCAUGCGACAAGACUCAUUGAGAAAGUUGAACUGCCACCCGCUGAUCUAAGCCCACCAACCUCACUCUCACAAACUUUGACCUUGCUACAGGAAGUGUUGGCUUCCCAUGAUUCUUCUGUGGUUCCUAUUGAUGCACGGCAGACAGAUUUUGCUCGAGUGUUGUCUUGCAUACUUGAUCCGCUACUGCAGAUGUGCGCUGUAUCAGCUAGUAGACUCAACACAGCGGACAUGGCUACAUACAUGAUAAACUGUAUCUACGCGAUACAAACAACGCUGGCUCUCUAUGAAUUCACUGAUCAACGUCUUGAGAUGUUAGAUGCUCAGAUUGAAGCACAUACAGAUGCCCUUGUGAAUGAGCAAGCAUCAUAUACCCUGUCAAAGGUCAACCUGGUACAAAUCUACAGCAUUGCACAACAGCAUCAACCGAAUGAGGGGCCACUGUCAUCUGUACAUGGAAUGGAAGCAGCAUCUAUUAAGCAUGCCAUGUCAAAAUUUGAUUCGUACUUAGCAUCUCCCGACAGUCUCAUCAUGCCCCAGUGCAAUCUGCUUCAAGGUCGAAGUUUAAGGGAGAAAGUUCACAAGAAGUCAGUUACCCUAAUUUGCUCAGCAUAUGACCUGAUACACAGGGCGGUCAUUGACCCCAGUAAUGGUUACAGCGACACAGCCAGCAUGGUUGUCAGAACGCCUGACCAAGUUCGCACUCUACUGUCCUGAAGAACUGUUCAAGUGGUCACAUGAUCAAAUUGUCACCUGGUUUGUCAUCUCUGAAGAUUCUUUCCAAGUGGUCACAUGAUAUCUUUCCUGAAUAUGAAUAAAUUUACUAACAUAUUUUACUUCUAAUUUAUUUCACAUACAGCAAAAGUACACUCACCCAGUUCAGGAGGACACUACAAUAUAAUGCAUUUAUUACUCCAUAAACUUACAAACACUGUUUAGUUUAGACAGCUUGGCAUGUGUAUGCCUCCUGAUUAUGUCAAACAAGCAUAUUGAAGUUUGAUAAUACUGAAUCAUUUUAUCAUCAACUGAUAGACUACAGCUGUGUAAAAACUUAAUAGUGGAACAUUUAAAGGUCAUGUCUGAACAUAGAGCAAAGAAACAGAUGGACUGUUCUGAAGCAAAGAAUAUCUAUAUGUGAAUUACAGUUCUUGAAUAAGUCGAAUGGCCGUGGGAGUUGAAUGGCCGAGCGGUAGGCAGGGGCGCCACUAACUACAGCCUUAACAACAGCACUGGUUCAGACCACUUCUUGCCCAGGGCUCAGUUUGUCAAUGCUGAGUUAGACAGUACAAGACAAUUUUUCAUUCAGAAAACAAAUAUUUCAGCGUCACUGGUUAUAAGUUGGCAAAUACAGAUAUUUUUAAUGAACUUAUUUUGAAGUGACAUAAAAUUAUUAACUUGAACAUAGAAAUUAGAGUAUUUAAAAAAUGUUUACCAUAAUUUUACAGUCACUGGAAGGGUUUUAUUUUUUGAUUAUAAUAAUUAUCCAGUAUGAAAAUCAGGGUACACAUUCUUUAUAUUCAAUAAUUUUUAUGCUCAACCUAAUAAUUUGUGUGCUACUGCAAAAUAAGUAUGGUAAAAUUUUCAAAAUUAUUUUUUUUCUUUAAGCAAACAUUUUACAAUAAACUAUCUUUCAAGGUUUUUUUUUAAUUUAAUUUUCAAUUGGUUAAUGUAAUGAUUGAUUGAUUUGGUGCAUUGUCACAUCAAUUGACAUAUAACUGUUCAGCUAACAUAUAAAAACAAUGAAUUAACCAAAGAAAAUCAGUUACAAAACAAAGAAAAUACAUUACUGUACUGCAAAGAUCUUAUAAACACAAAAUAGCGUUCUUCACGAUUUACACGCGCAAAUUCUGUAAUAACGCAUGAAAAUCACCCUUUUGCAAAAUUGAAAACUUUUGAACCUUGACCGCUCUGAUUAUAGCAUACCCCGCGCGACUUUACGUUUACGCAUAACAAUUAGAAGCAUCCGAUUUACAAUGCGCCCUUUCUUUAGAACAUAAGGUACAAAAUUAACGUACUUGGUAACUAACUUUGGUGUAACGCGAACGCCCUAUCUCAGAUCCAUGGCAACGAAAUCCCAAAACUGAUUACUUUUCUGUCCCAAAUCAACGCUUCUAUUUGUUACGCGUAAAAUCGCGGAGAACGCUAUCUUGUGUUUAUAAGAUCUUUGCUGUAAUGUCAUUAUCAUUAAUGUUAAAUAGAGGACGCAUUUGUAAAAAACAAUAUUGCAUUGUGGAAUGCAGAAUUAUCCAGAAGGGAUAGGUUUCUUUUAAUAUGUUACUUUUUAUUGAUUUUUAAUGUUAAAAUGUAUAUCUGUUGUAUAUAUUCAGCAAUACAAUAAUAUGAAAAGACAGUAA